CUACUCCUCAAACCUAAAACAAUGGGCUAUCAAGUAGUUAAUGUUUAUACAACUGCAUCCUCCGCUGAUAAUCUAUCCCGUCAUGAAAUGCUCAUGUGGGUAAAUGACUGCCUUCAGGCUCAUUUUACGAAAAUUGAGCAACUUCAUACUGGAGCCGGAUAUUGCUUGUUCACCGAUUUCCUAUUCCCUGAUAGUAUUCAAUUGAAGAAAGUGAAAUGGAAUAGUCGUCUUGAAUUGGAUUGGCUUUCCAACUGGAAACUAGUGCAGACUACGUGGAAGAAUUUGGGUGUCGAGAAAGUGAUUCCUGUUGAUAAAUUGAUUAAGGGAAAAUUUCAGGACAACUUUGAAUUCUUGCAAUGGUUCAAGAAAUUGUUCGAUGCUAACUAUGAUGGACAUGAGUAUGAUCCAAUGCAAGCACGUAAUGGAGAAGGUCUUCCGACUGAAGGGGGUCCAGCUGCUGGAGCUUCAGCGAAGACUCCGUCGAGAAUGCCGGCUAGAAGUGUUCCGCAAAAACCAGUGACCACAAUGAGAACUCCAGCCGCCACCCCGGCUGCUCCACCAACCCGUCCAACUCCAUCCCGUUCUUCAGCUGCUCCGAGAGCAACAGCUCCAACUCCAACAGCAGCACCUCCAAAAACUUGUGCACCGCCCGUUCGUUCUGCAUCAACCGUAGCAGCGGCUGCUGCUGCUGCACCACCGGGAGUCGAUAUGGCGACAUUUAAUAAAUUAAAAGAAGAACUGGAAGAAGUUACACGUCAGCUGACAGAAUCUGACAAUGUUAUUGCAAGUCUGGAAAAAGAAAGAGACUUUUAUUUUAGUAAACUUCGAACGAUUGAAGUUAUUUGUCAGGAUAAUGAAUCGAUUGGAAAUGUUGAAGUUAAUCGAGUUUUGGAGGUUCUCUACGAGACGGAAGAAGGAUUCGCACCACCAGAAGACGAGGCAAAUGGCGGAGCAGAAGCCGAAGAAUUCUAAACUAUUUAAUAUUUUCUCUAUUGUUUAAUUCCAGCUUUCAAGCCAAGCUUCUACCCAAACACUUCAAUUUUACUCCCAAAAAAAUAUGCGAUUUUACAAUGUUAUAUUUCACCGAAAACCCCCUCUGCUUAUAAUUAUAGUUAACUUAUUAAUUUUCAUGAACUUAUUCAAUAACUGCACCAAAUUGGCCGCCGCUUCUUCUUUUCCACUUGAAAUUUUCAGUUUUUCUUUUUUCAUUCUUCCAUCCCAACACCUAUGACAUUGUCAGUAUUUUAAUUGAUUGGCUUUCAAUUUUUUUUCGAUUUUAAAAAUCAUUUCCUUUUUUUCACCGAACAUUUAACGCUUUUUUCUAAUUGUUACGUCGUGCUUUUCUUUGUGCUAAAAUAAAUUAUGAU